UUUCACCCUGUGCAACAUUGUGUUUGCAUUUCGUCGUCUCGUUCUUUGUUUCGAUUUACUAUUUUUUUCUUGCUCACUCCUGUUUUUUGCACACACAUAUAAAACUCUUCUGAAGCGAUAGGUUCUAAAACGGUAAUUCUUGACACAAUCUGUUUUAAUUGUGUUUUUAUUCCGUCGCGUCGUGCUCGUGGUUCUUCUCAUUCGCCGUGGUUUUCAGUGGUUUUUCUUGUUCGUCGUGGUUCGUCGUCAGUAUGUCUUUUAAAAUAAUCCAAGAACUAAAUAAUAGAAACCAAACAGUGCUCACAAUUAUACCCAGCUCAUUCGAGCAAAAUGGGGUAUAUUGGUUUCCUCCAUCUAAUUGGAGCACAAAAAAACUAAACAAUAUUAUUAAAAAUCCUUAUGCGAAACCCGACAAAUCCUUCUGGGAAGCUAGGCCUUGUGUUGUGAAAAAAAGCAAUAUUUUAACAUUCGCUCAGGCUGAGGAGCACGAAGACGCCCUGCUGGACAAAAAUAUCACCGAAGCUGAUGAUGCCGAUGCCGGCGCCGAUGCAGACGAUGAUUCAGAGGAAUCAUUCAACCAACCGACAACCAAACGCAAUACAAUCCAAUUUUCAAGAUCGCCACAGGCAGAUUUUAAUGUGCUCCUGGAUCAGAAUUUGUUGGAAGUCCAAGGAGGGAACAGUGAUAUUAUAUUUAAUGACCUUGAACUAGUAGAAGUACAACCACAAGCUUCACAUUUCGAUAUUUCUUCUGGUGUCACCCCAACACCUGAUGGCUACGAAAGUAAAAUUCUUGCAAAUCAAGUCAAAAUAAUCAACGAAUUAGAAGUGAUCAAGGAAAUUGUUAUGACAGGUAUAGCAAAACUUCUGACACAGGUCGACCAACGAGUCAUAGAUGAAAAACACAAUGUAAUUAAAGAAGCAGCUGAAGACUUUCAAAAAAUUUCAACUGAAGUGCAGGCUCAACAAUUCGAGGAAAAUCUAAUGGAGACGUCGUUCAAAUGCGAAAUGGUCCGUAAAACCUCGUUCUUCAUUGGUAAAAAUGGCAAACGGUUUGGCCAAGGGUGGACAUGUUGCUAUGAACUAGUGGAUGCAAUUUUUGUUAGAAAUUUUUUGACAAAAUGUUCUUGGACCGGAUGCUCAAAAAAAUAUGAAGAAGGGAAAAUUCCUUUUUUUAAGUUUAAAAAUAUUUUAAUCCUUUUUGCUGAAGUUGUGGUAGAAGCUGACCCACAGUUUUCUCUUGAGAAAACUAAAGAUUUUUCAAAAAAAUCUUAAGAAAUGCAACGCGAUUUGAGAACCAAGAGGUUCUUCAAACCCGUAAAUCAACCCAGCGUGAGAGAGUUUCUCAAAAGAAAACAAACGGAGAGAGAAGCAUAACAUCUGAAGUCAUCCCGGAUACCCAAUCAAAUUCAACUUAAAAGCCAACUUAUUUGUCGUUAUCAACUUGGAAGUAUUGAAGUAUUACAUUAUGUACAUGAACUUAAGUACUCGUAGUUACUAAAGUACAUACAUACGUUUAAUUCACUUAAUGAUUUUUCUUUCUCUUGGAUUAUUUUAUUUAAGUAUUUAUAUA